CUGCGCGCUCCCGUGCGUGCCCACCCCCGAUCUGUUCGCUGACUCAGUGCCUUAAGCAGCAUCAACGUUCACCUGAGCAGAGCUACAGCAUCUUCCGAGAAGAAAUACACCAACCAUGUCUAAAACAGCAACCGCAUACAAAGAAAAGAUGAAGGAGUUGUCCGUCCUCUCCCUCAUCUGCUCCUGCUUCUACCCAGAGCCACGCAACAAGCUUAUGUGCGAGUUUGAAGACAUGGAGGUGAAGCCUAUAAACAAGCGAGCCUCGGGCCAGGCCUUUGAGGUGAUUCUCAAGCCUUUGUCUCCGGUGUCAGAUAUAGCACACAACCACCCCUCACCCCCCAAGAGGGAUAUCUCUUUGGAGGACAUUGAGAAGAAACUGGAGGCUGCUGAAGAACGGAGGAAGUACCAGGAGGCCCAGGUGCUGAGGGUGUUGGCAGAAAAGCGAGAGCAUGAGAGGGAUGUGUUGCUAAAGGCAAUGGAGGAGAACAGCAACUUCAGCAAGAUGGCUGAGGAGAAGCUCCUGAUGAAGAUGGAGCAGAUCAAGGAGAACCGUGAAGCCCAUCUGGCAGCCAUGAUUGAGCGUCUACAGGUGAAGGAGAAACAUGCAGCUGUUGUGCGCAGGAACAAAGAGCUGAGGGAAGAGCUGACGCCAUGAGUUUCACACGUCUUGAAUUCUAUGGUCCAUCUACAUCCCACCAUCCAGUCCUGACCCAUCCUUGCCCCUGCCCUCACUCUGUCUGGAGGCUGAGAGGUUUGAGGACCUCCCCAUCACAACACACCACACCACCAGUGCUCACAACUAUAAGUAUUAUCAGUGGAUACAAACAUGGAUUUGAUUAUUUUAGAGAAAAUGCAAGUAUGUGGCUAUUAUUUUGUAAAUGCCUGUUCCUCUCCCCUUCUCUCUCUCUCUCUCUCUCUCUCUCUCUCUAUCUAUCUAUCUAUCUAUCUAUCUAUCUGUCUAUCUAUGAUGGUAAGUGAAGUACAUACAAAGAUUGUACUGUACUGCACCGUACAAUUUCACACAUUUUGUUCAUCACUGAUUACUGCUUCGGUUUUUGAAAUUUGGCUUUACAGCUAUUUUCUUGUUGGUGUUUCUUGAUGAUGCCAUGAUGUUUCUGUGUUUUUGUGAAGAAUCACAAUUGGUGUACCUAGAGUCCUCAAGAUAACAGCAUAUCCCAUCUGUAUCUUCCUCACGCACACCUUCUCAUUCUCAACAUGUACACUUGGAACUUAAAAAUACGCCAAACCCACAGAUUCAUAAAGCAUCUGCUCCCUCUGAAAUGAGCUUGGUAAUGAACUUGAUAGGUGCUUUGUUGUUAUUAAGAAUGUCUUUGCCCAAGACAUGGCAGAUUCCCACUUACCCUGUCCAAUGCCAUUUCUCUAUGACUCUAUCUUUAGUCUAUUCAAAAGCUCUGUUACGUGCACAGUAUUUGGGGAUUAAUCUGUUGAAUGUUAUGCCACCAUCCUGGUACCAUGCAUAGUGUCUUGGUCAGUGGAAUGUGCUGUUGCUCCCACCUUGAUAUUGAUAGUGAGAACAUAACGUAUGUCUGUGUGGGUGUGUGCGUGACUGCGAGUUUACCGUGAGGCAUCAUUAGCAUCUGCUCUCUUUAGGGGAUUAGAGAAUGGAUGCAGGAUGCUUUACUUCAGCACACUGAACUAGUCUCUUUUUAAUAUAUCUGAUAUCUGCCUGCAUCUUCUGCUGCUUGUGUUUCUCCUUCAUAUAUUUCUCUGUGAAAGCUUUGCUGAAUAAAGAUUUGGGGUUCUGUGAACAUGGCAUGUACUAUCUAAUAAUUUUCUGUGCUAAAAGAGGAAGGAAAAUGUAAACUGCCAAAUAAAAGAACCAGUUAUCUACA